AUGAUUACUAACGCUACAUUCAUAACAACUAGUAACCAUCCCUGUACACCUGCUGCUGCAUCUACAACGACCGCUACCAUAACAUUUACAUCGACUAAUACUAGUUCUGCUGCUACGGCUACUACUGCUACUAAUAACAAUAACAACAGUAAUACAAUAAUAGGAAAAUUAACAGAUCGUGCAACCUACUUUGCUGUUGUUUCGGAUACUUGUGCAUUCAAUCGUAAUCUGUGCAAAAAUCGAUGUUCUCGAAUACCAUUUCUAGAUUUAGCUACUCAUAUCUCACAACGACCUGCACCUUGGCUUCACCAUACAAACAGGGAGUAUUCAAGAGGACCAUCAUCUAAAGAUCCUCAUGUUUUUUUGAGAUAUCCACGUUAUCGAUGGCAUUUAGACUAUCAGUCACCAAGUAAAAAGCGUAAAACAGCUAACCAGCGCUUGUGGUAUACAUUACAGAAUGGUUUAAAAGCUCUUGGAAUCCCACCUGAUUUAGUUCCUGUAGUCACUAGGCGAGCAUACUCUAUUGCUGGAUUAUCGAUCCCAGCAAGUUUAGCUAACUACAGCUACACAGACGUGCAUAAUUCCCGUGUAUCAUCUGUCACUCAUACAAUAGGAAUAAAUAAUAAUAAUAAUAAUUUGAACUCAUCUGUUGGCAUCGUUAGUCGCUCAUUCAGUGGGACAGCAAAUCCAUCACAACGAAAACAUGUUUAUAAUAAUAAUAAUAAUUAUGGUGAAUCUGAGUAUCAUGACACAUUAACAGUACUGCAUGAAGAUGAAGAUUAUGAUCAUCGAAGUCAAGAUAGUUCAGGCUUUUUAAAUGGUGGUGGUGGUGGCCGUCUUGUCACCACCAGUGGUGGUGACGAAAGCACCCAAUCAUUCGAUGGAUUAUAUACAUUGAAUAAGCGUAAUAAACCAAAUUCUGAUGAUUUUAUCUUAUCUGAUCGUAAAGACUUACACGAUGAUAGUCGUCAAAACAUGAAUCAUAGCAAUAGUAAUAGGUAUAUCAUGUCAAGUAAAUCGGAUUAUUGUAGAACUUAUGAUUUGGACAAUGUCUCUGAAGAUUGUGAUGAAAAUGGUGAAUGUGGUGAACUGGAUGAAAAUGAUGGCGGAAUCAGUGAAGGCAUAAACGAUGGUGAUAAUGACUGUGAGGAUGUACAAUGGUCUACGGGUAGUGGACGACGUCGUCGACUAGGAGGAAAUAGGAAUGCAGCCGGUGGAGUUGGUAAUAGUACUAUGAGUGACAGUGUGGUUGGCAGAAGAGGUAAAAAUCGAUCUUCGGUUUAUUCUCUGAAAAUGACUAAAUUCAAUCGCAAAAUUGUCAAUCAAAAAGGCAGUCGUUCAUCUCAAAACUUUCCAGUGCUCAGUAAUCGUUUAGGAGGGAGAAGGUUUGCAAAACGUCAUCUUGGUCGACCAUUUGCCGGUCGAUUUCGAACAAAUGAAUCUCACAUGGAUGAUAUGUCGUCGUAUGCCUACGCCACCAAAUGUAAUCCUUCUGUAGGACGUCGUGGAGGUAGUCGAGCUAUUACUCGUCUCGGUACAAGGCAUAUAGGUGAUAGUUUAAAAACACUUCAACAUUAUGGAAGUAUCAGAGAGAAAAUGAAUGAUUGCAAUGAAGAUGCUUGGGAUGUUGUAGACAGUGAACCAGGUUUUCAAUUGAAUGCUCCAUCGCUGGUACAUGACAAGCGUGAUUCUCAGUCCUUUGGUGAUUGUAAUUCUUCUAGUGAUCGAUUCAGUGCUUUAAAUACUUAUUCUGCUUCAUCUCCAUUUUCAUCAACAAAUUCAUCAUAUCCUCCUACACUUCCGCCUCAUCAACAUCAUCCUUCUUCUUCCUCCUCUUCCUUCAUAAGCAACGAUCGAUCUUCAUCGUCAAUAUAUGAAGUUAACUUAUCGAAUCAUUGUUAUCCUGAGUGUAGUUCCCCUGUGUUGUUAUCUCAGUCGAAAUUCAUUCGAUCCUGUGCUACACCAAUGAAUUGGUCUAAUAUCUCAUGUGCAAAUCAGUCAAGUAUGAGUACAUUGUCUUCAGCAUCAAUUAAUAUGACUUCGUCAUUAUCAGUAUCAUCUUCAUGUGUACCAUCAUCGUUGUCUCCAAUGGAUUCAAGUCAAACAGUGGAACAGUUAAACACGGGAUGCUUACAGCGGCGUUCAGAUCCUAAUAAUAAUAAUAAUGAAUAUCUCAUCCCUAUCGGAGAAUUUCAUCGCGUUAAUAUGUCUAGGCAAUCGAACAAUAGUAGUAAUAGUAUCGAUUCAAUGAAUCGAUUCAGUUCACUUCCAGUGAUUCCCGAUAGUUCACAUAAUACAACAUCUGGUAUUAAUAAUAAUAAUAAUAGCACUGUUAGUAAUCUCACUUUCAGCAAUAAUGACACUAAUAAUAAUAAUAACAAUAAUAAUAGUGAUAACAAUAAUUUGAUGGAUACACCAAAUAAUAAUAAUAUGAUGAUAAGGACAUCAGAUUUUAAUAAUACUUCGGAUAAAUCUAAUAAUAAUAGUAAUAAUGGACGAGUAGUUGGUGAUUUACAGACAUUUGUCAAUCCUCAGCAGACAACAGCUGUUGCUACUACAACAACAGUAACAUUUUUUGUUUGUGAAGUGUGUUCAUCGAGAUACCGAUCUACAGCUGGAUUGCGCUAUCAUUAUCAUAGUCAACAUUCAGGUUAUACACCACAGAAUCCAAUAUCUGCAUCCGCCUCACGAUUAGUUGUACCAAUUGGUGAAGAAAGGGGUAUCGGUGGUGGUCUACGCGGUGGACGACCAAGAAGACAUAGGGGCUCUACAGCUUCAUCAAAAUCUCGAGAUAAAUUGGUCAAUUCACACUAUCCUACUGAUUAUCAAGGAUCAGCUGAACAAGAAGGAGGAUCGACCAGUUUCUUGUCAUCACAUUAUUCUAAAGUCCCUAGUCAAUCUUCAAAUGCCUAUUCACCACCAUCUCAAAGUAAUAAACGCGGACAGAACACUGUUAAUACAGUUAAUCGGGUUGAUUGUAAACCACUGACAGACUCUUCUAGGUCGAUUGUUGAACCUAAACUAGUUGAUUUAAUCGCAAAUCAGCCAUCAUCGAAAUAUAAGGAGGAUAUGCAACCGAAUCAUUACAUCUCAACUGAGUCGAAUGACUGCAAUAAUGGUAAUAAUCCUAUUAUGGAUAUCAAUGAGUUAGACAUCAAUAGUAUUAAUUUCAUGCGACCUGUGAUUAUCAGAAAGUCCUCAACUUCCAGGAAUAAUAAUAAUAAGGCUAGUGGGGAUUGUUUAUCUCAGUGUUCUCUAUCCUCAGUGACUACACCCAGUUCAUUAAUUAUGAAUAGCGCCAUGUCAUCAAGAUAUCAAAUGAUGGACUAUACUAAUAGUUAUAGUGGUGGUAAUAGCAAUAGUAAUAGUGGCAGUGGGCUUGGUGCUAGUCACAUACCACAUUCGAAUAUUCCUCCUGUACAACAACAGCACAACAGUUCACAUUUAUCAUCAAUAAAUUCUUCAGAAAUGCAUUUCAGUAAUAAUAAUACUGCUGACACUACUGUCACCAAUAAUAGUAAUAGUAGAUGUCAUCCACAGUUCCCCUAUUCCUCUCAUCCUCAUUCUUAUGCAUCGCCAAUGAAACCAUCUCCACACAGCAACUGGAAUUCCCAGCAUCCUAGUUACAAUCAAUUAUCCUAUACCUCUUCUUCCGUGGUCUCCACCACUUCUAGUGUUCCGAGUAACUAUAAUUCGUUUCCCGCGCUGUCUCAACUACCAACACCACAACAACAGCACCCUUCAAUAACAUUUAAUCGUAUCAGUCCACAACAAAGACGUUAUGAAAGACAAAACUGUCGUGAUAGACGACUUGGUUUAGUACGGCCAUCUGUUAACCCGUCAACUUCCUCAACCACAUCUGCAUUAUCAUCAGUUCCUAUAUGCGAUUAUUGUCUAGGCAGCGAGGCAAUGAAUCCACGUAUAGGUCACUCAGAAGGUAUGCUGCAUUGUUCCCGAUGUGGACAUAAUGGUCAUUAUACAUGUCUACGCUUAUCGCCGCACGUAAUUGAAGCUGCUAUACGUUAUCCAUGGCAGUGCAUAGGAUGUAAAACAUGUUGGUUAUGUGAUCAAGGUGAUCAAGAGGAUCGUAUGAUAUUUUGUUGGGAUUGUGAUCGUGUAUUCCAUGCACAUUGUCUCCGAUCACGUUUACCUCGUAGUCCUGAUACCCACUGGACCUGUGAUAUAUGCAUGCAUGAAUUAUACAACAGCAAUAAUAAUAAGUUGUCUUUUGAACAACGUACACAUUCAAAUUCAGGAUAUGAUCCGUAUUCAAACAACAAUAAUAA